AUGACAUCUCUAGCAUCCGGGUCGUACUUGGACGAGGCGAGCAGCUUCGUGAUUCAGACAACGGCAACACUGCUCAAAUGGUCAUUCCAGGGUUGUAUUUCAGCCGUCACCUACGAGAAGAGAUUUAGCAUCCAAUAUGUCAACGUCACAUCCCAGCCGGCCGGUGAGGAGCUUGAGGCAAGCUGGCAGUAUCCUGGUGCGUAUGAGGCUGUCACAUUCAUCCCUUGCGCCGAAUACUGUGGGUUAAAAAUAUACAACGCUACCCCAUUCCCCAUCUCAAACACCAACUUUUUGGAGUUUCUUGACCAUUUUUUUGGAAAAACUGGGUGCAAAUUUGUCGGCAUGAUAUUACUGCUUGUCCUUGGGUUUCUCACUGCACUGCUCGCUGCAUAUCUCGUCUCGUCGGUAGGAAGACGAGAUCCGAAACUCCCGCCGGGGCCGCCGACGCUCCCUAUCAUUGGAAACUUGCAUCAGAUCCCGACGACCUUGGCGUAUUUGAAGUUUUCGCAAUGGGCAAAGCAGUAUGGCGAGAUCUUCUCCCUCAAGAUGGGCCCAGAGACCUGCAUUGUCCUCACGUCGCCGCGGCUGGUCAAGCAACUUAUAGACAAGAAGUCCAAUAUUUACAGCCAUCGACCGGUUUCGUAUAUCGGCUAUGAUAUCAUUUCCCAGGGCGACCACUUUCUCCUCAUGCAGUACUCGGAUAAAUGGCGAGCAUACCGCAAGUUGACUCACAAGUUUUUCAUGGAGAGCAUGGUUGUCGAAAACCAUCUUGCGCUUGUGGACGCGGAAGCUGUCCAGAUGGUGCGUGACUUUAUCGAGUGGCCGGAGAGCUAUAUGCAACACCCGAAGCGAUUCACAAAUAGCAUCAUAAUGAGUCUCGUAUUUGGAACACGGACGCCCGACAUCAAGGCCACUCACAUGAAGAGGCUCUACCGUAUCAUGGAGAACUGGGCCGACGUGACAGAAUUCGGCAGCACCCCGCCCGUAGAAAUCUUCCCCUUUAUCAAGUACCUCCCCGAGAGCUGGUUCGGAAACUGGCGAACUCGGGCACAACGAGUGGCCGAACAGAUGAAUGGUCUUCAUCGAGAGUGGCUCAACAACGUCGUCGAGAGACGCAAAUCCCAAGGUUCGCGCGGCUGCUUCAUGGACCACGCCCUAGAUCAAGAAGACUGCGGCAAGCUCCCUUUUGAUCGGCAUGCGCUCUACUUUCUUUGCGGCUCCCUGAUGGAGGGCGGUUCAGACACCACCGGCUCGACCCUCGUCGCCUUCAUCCACGCCAUGACCAAAUGGCCCAGCGUCAUGGAAAGGGCCCAGGACGAGAUAGACCAUGUCGUGGGCGACGACAGGUCACCCGCAUGGGAGGACUACGCACGGCUGCCAUAUCUUGCCGCCUGCGUCAAGGAAACCUUGCGCUGGCGUCCGGUUGAUCCUCUUGGCUUUCCGCAUGCUGUAAGUGAAGACGACACAAUCGACGGCAUGGUGAUUCCGAAGGGGAGCCAAGUCUUCAUCAACAUCUGGGGCAUGCACUAUGAUUCCGCCAGAUUCCACGACCCAGACACGUUCAACCCAGAGCGAUACCUCGGCGUCACGCAGCUGGCCUCGGAACUGGCAAACGGUGACUGGGAGAAGCGCGACCACUAUGCGUACGGAAGUGGCCGGAGACUAUGCCCGGGGAUUCACCUCGCAGAGCGCAGCUUGUUCAUUGCCAUGGCGAAAUUGCUCUGGGCGCUGCGUUUCGAUGCUGGUCUUGACUCAGCAGGCCGCGCGAUUGACCCGGAUGUCCGCGUCGAGACGGCCUACACCUCUGGGCUUUUGAUCUGCGCCAAGAAGUUUCCCUGCAGAGUUACCGCCAGGUCCCGGGCUCGCAAGGACACGAUUAUGAGAGAGUUCGGCCUGGCUGAAACGCAGGUGUUUGCGAGAUACAGCGACGUCAAGGAGUGGUGA